AGGCACUCUUUUCUCUUUCGCGCGUAUUUGAGCUGGAUUUUCUUCAGUCUUGCGUUUUUUUUCCUGAUCCAAGCAUGCCCAAAGCCAAAAUCGCUCAAAAGAACACGGCGCGCGCGGAUCGUCUCGAACGAAGGAGAGCAUCGAUGAAUGCAUCGGAUUCUCGGACAGCAUCGGAAGAAUCGACGCCUAGAGCAAGUCCCGCUCAAUCGACCACCAAUGAUCAGAUUAAAACUCAUCGGUCUUCAUCUUAUGAAAACCGAGUCAAACGGUAUCGCUACCUUCUCGGACAGACCGAGUUAUUUGCGCAUUUUUUGAAUUUGCGCAUGGACAACGAUGAAGCUUUACAACAAGUUCUCAGAGAGAAACAACUCAGUAAAAAAUCGCAUGGGGGAUCAAGACGACGUCAGAAAACAGAGAAAGAGGAAGAUGAAGAAAUCCUUAUGGAUGAGGAAAGAGAAGGCGAAGAACAAUUGACGGUUUUCACCGAGUCUCCUUCAUAUGUGACGGGCGGAACACUCCGCGAAUACCAAAUUCAAGGUCUCAAUUGGAUGAUCUCACUCUUUGAAAACGGUAUCAAUGGCAUUCUAGCCGACGAAAUGGGUCUCGGUAAGACAUUGCAGACCAUUUCGUUUCUCGGUUUUCUGAAGCAUAUUCGCGGUAUUUCCGGCCCUCAUCUCGUCGUGGUCCCCAAAUCUACCUUGCAUAACUGGAAAAAUGAAUUCAGUAAAUGGGUACCUGACUUUGAUGCAUUUGUUUUUCAUGGUGACAAGGAAAAAAGAUCCGAGAUGGUGAAAACACGACUUCAGCCUCUCCAAUUUGAAGUGUGCAUCACUUCGUACGAGACUUGUCUCAUGGAAAAAGCUCAGUUUAAAAAGAUCUCUUGGGAGUACAUUAUCAUUGAUGAAGCCCAUCGUAUCAAGAACGAGAAUUCCAUGUUAUCCCAGAUCGUUCGCAUUCUGGAAACGAAGAAUCGUAUGCUGAUCACCGGCACACCUCUUCAAAACAAUUUGCAUGAACUUUGGGCCUUGCUCAACUUCCUUUUGCCCGAUGUCUUCAGCUCCUCGGAAGCUUUCGAUGAAUGGUUUGAAAAACAAGGCGGGGACCAGAAAAAGGUGGUCGAACAAUUACACAAGGUGCUUCGACCUUUCUUGCUGCGCCGUAUCAAAUCCGACGUCGAGAAAUCCUUGUUGCCCAAAAAGGAAAUCAACGUUUACGUGAAAAUGAGCACCAUGCAACGCAAAUGGUAUCAAAAGAUUCUUGAAAAAGACAUUGACGCCAUUAAUGGCGCGGCGAGUUUAGGUAAAAAAGAAGGCAAGACUCGCCUUUUGAACGUUGUUAUGCAGCUUCGCAAAUGCUGUAACCAUCCUUACCUGUUCGAUGGGGCUGAGCCUGGUCCUCCUUAUACGACCGAUCAGCACAUGGUGGACAAUGCAGGCAAAAUGGUCGUCCUCGACAAGCUUUUAGCUCGCUUCAAAGCCCAAGGAUCACGCGUGCUUUUGUUUAGUCAGAUGAGCCGUGUAUUAGAUAUUCUGGAGGAUUACUGCUGGUGGAAAGACUAUGAAUAUUGCCGCAUUGACGGCCAGACAAGUCAAGAAGAUCGCACGGAUGCUAUUGACGAAUACAACCGCCCUGGCAGCGAUAAAUUCAUCUUUUUACUGACCACUCGUGCCGGUGGUCUCGGUAUCAAUCUUACUACGGCAGAUAUUGUCAUUCUCUUUGACAGUGACUGGAACCCUCAAGUGGAUCUACAAGCCAUGGAUCGUGCUCAUCGUAUCGGACAAACCAAGCAGGUUUAUGUUUUCCGAUUUGUAACCGAGAAUGCUAUUGAGGAUAAAGUCUUGGAACGAGCGGCACAAAAAUUGCGAUUGGAUCAACUGGUGAUUCAGCAAGGUCGUAUGGCCCAACAACAGAAAGCGGCUUCCAAGGAAGAAUUGUUGACCAUGAUCCAACACGGGGCGGAAAAUAUAUUCAAGGAUGCCGACGCUCCCACGUCGCUCGAUGAUGACAUUGAUGCCAUCCUUCGUCGCGGUGAAGAAAAAACAGCCGAACUGAACAAAAAGUAUGAGAAUCUGAAUAUCGACGACCUGAAAAAUUUCUCAUCCGAGAGCGCCUAUCAGUGGAAUGGUGAAGAUUGGAGUAACAAGAGAAAAGCAGGCAAUGCCGGUCUUUCAUGGCUUGGCCCGGCCAAGAGAGAACGCAAAGCCAAUUAUGCCGUGGAUGAUUAUUACAAGGAAGCUUUGCGUACUACUUCCAAAACACCUUCUACAAAAGCGCCACGGCCAAAACGUUAUGUCACUGAGGAUUUCCAGUUCUUCCCACCGCGACUGAGUGCAUUAAACGAGAAGGAUACAUUGUACCUUAGGAAAUCUUUGGGCUACAAGGUGCCAAAUGUGUCAACGGAAGGUACCCCCGAAGAAAUAGAAGCGUUGGAAAAAGAGCGGGCCGAAGAACAACGUAAGAUCGAUCAAGCUGAACCGCUUACGGAAGAAGAGGAACAGGAACGAAAAGAUCUUUAUAGAAUGGGAUUUUCCGAUUGGUCGAAGAAGGAUUACAGCAAUUUCAUAAAUGCAUGUAGCAAAUACGGAAGAAACAAUAUUUCGGAAAUUGCAUCGGAGAUAGAAGGAAAAUCUUUGGAGGAAGUAGAACGGUAUGCCAAGACCUUCUGGGAACGUUAUACAGAGAUCUCAGAUUACGAGCGGCAAAUCGCGAAAAUCGAGCGAGGUGAAAGCGAGAUCGAGAAGCAAGCUGAUAUCCAAGAACAACUCACGGAAAAGAUAUCCCAACACCGCGUACCGUUACAGCAACUAAAGAUCGCCUAUACACAGCAGACCAAAGGAAAAAAUUAUACCGAAGAAGAGGAUCGAUUUUUACUGGUGAUGCUGGAAAAAUACGGCUAUGGCACCGAAAAUGUGUAUGAGAAUAUCCGUCGCGAGAUCAAAAACUCCCCCUUGUUCCGAUUUGAUUGGUACCUGAAAUCGAGAACCGCUCAAGAGAUCGCCCGAAGAUGCAAUACCCUCGUUGGACUCAUUCAAAAAGAACACGCCGAUUUGGAUGAACCCGAAGAAAGAAAGGUACAGCAGCAAACAUCGUUUGGAAACAAGAUCCACAGACUCACUGGUCAUGCUUAGAGAAAGGCGAAUCGAUCCGUGACACCGUUGUCCGGUAAAGUACGCGGACGUCGCUAAUGGAGCUGUGUUCCAUCACUUACAAAAAAGAAAGCAUUUAACAAAAAGCACUAAGCACUCAUCAAUCCAUCUACAAGAAUAUGGCUCUAUCCAUUUUAACUGCACAUCUUGCUGGACAUUCUAAUUGAAUGGCACAUAAACCAUUGUACUGAAAACAGUUGGCCACUUUCCCUACCACAAAACGACAUACUGCAGAGUAUGGUAAUUCCCAUUAUAAGGACCUAUUAUAAAUCGUUGGAUGAUAAAUGAAAAUUGAGAUGCAAG